AUGAAGGAGGCCGCUGACGCCGGGAACCUGGAGUCACCAGUUUCAGUCUCAGAAAGCGCGAGCAGCGAUUCUGAGAAGGCUAAGAGCGAUGCAGGGAAAAUUGAGGAGCAGCAGGUGACUGAUGCAGCAGCAGCAGCGGAGAAUGGCAGGGAGUUAGCUGCUGCUAAGCUGGCCUUAUCAGCUGAGCUAGAUUCACCUAUUGACGCGGAUAAUUUAUCGUCGCAAACGAGAAGCUCGGGUGUAGAGGAGGAAGAGGAGGAGGAGUCGCUGAGGGCAGCGGUCGAGUCGAUGUCGGAAGACGACAAGGAGCGCGAGGUGAAGUCGCUGUGGCGCUGCCAGGGCGGAUCCGGCGCCGCCGACUGCGCUGAACCGCAGGCGCUCCUGCUGGCCGAGGGCGCGCUGGUGCAACGCGUGCACGCGGUGUGCGCGGCGUACGCGCUGACGGCGCUCACCAGCGCGCCCACGCUCGCCGUGUGGCCCGCCGACCGCCACCUGCCCGCCACCACCUUCCGCCACCUCUUCCGCCCCGCCAGCAGCUUGGCCACCCCCCCGGGGGACGUGGCGGACAGCGCGGUGAGCGGAGAGGCGCGCGACGUGUGGGUGCGCGACGUGCGCGUGGCCAGCAGCGACCUCAAGAACAGGCUGCCCGCGCCACAGCAGGUGAUGCUGAAAGAGUGCCCACGAGACAGCAGGAGAAAGACCAAGCGCACCCCCCUGCCCUUCCGCCGCUACCUCUCCCCCUCGGCCCAGUCCCAGGCUUCCGGAGCACUGAAUCUGGACGGCUGCGCGUACGACAAGCACGUGGACGCAUGUCUGGGGCGCCUGCGCCCCUCCACGGCAGUGGGCGCGCUGGUCAUGCAGGAGGACCUGAACGCGCUCAAGCUCUCCAAGGCCAUCUAUGUCUCGAGCCCCCCUGCUGGCACCGUCUGUUCCGGCUGUCCCCGAAUGGCCAACUCAUCAGCCCCUCUGUGCGCCAUGCGCCGCAUCACCAUGGCCUUCCUGCACGACCCCCAUGUGGCCUUCGCCCUCGCCGCCCGUGCCGCCCCCGACGUCACGGCUGUUGGGGACUUCUUCAGUGAGCUGCGCCGCCCGCUCGUGCUCAAGGCCAGCCAAUCGCGGCUCGGCACGUGUCAGGAGGAGGGGAGGAGAGAGUUGGCGGAGGGGAAGGGUGUGCUGGGGAGUGAAGUGGGCGGGAGCAGCAUCAAGUGCGCCCAGCUGCAGGCAGCGGAGCUGGUCGCGUUGAGCUUCGCGAGGGCGGUGGUGCCCAUCCACCGCUGGGCCAUCGAGCCGCGCUUCAUCCUCGCCCAGGGCGCCCGCCGCUCCCCCGCCUUCCAGGUGCUACCGUCCAUCUGCGAGACGGAGAGGUUGCCGCCCAUCAUUCGCCACCGGUGGUCGUGGUUCACACAGGUGGAAGAGAAGCUAAAGCUAGUGGUGUGCACAAUGCCCAAGGUAGCAGCCAACUCGUGGCUCAUGUGGCUGCGCGCCAUGCUGGGCCAGCCCAACCCGACUGACCCCAUCCUCGCCCUCGAUGUGGACAAGGCCGGCUGGCACCUGCUGGGCCGCCACUUCACAGAGAAGGAAGCGGUCCGUCUGGUGACGCGACCAGACUUCUUCCGUUUCACCUUUGUGCGCAACCCCUUCUCGCGUGCCCUCUCCGCCUACUCCAACAAGCUCGUGGUCACAGACACACCCAACAACAAGACGGGCCCGGGGUCAAGAGAGUACUGGAACGAGCGUUUCUUCCGGUUUGUGCGGCCGCAGUUUGAGCUGCUAAAGGACGAGGACGACCUGGUGUCGUUCCCUGACUUCAUGCGCCUCGUGGCGCUCAUGAAGAAGAACUUCCGCUGGAAGAUGGACCGCCACAUCGCGCCGCAGGUUGACGUGUGUUUCAUGCAGAUGAUAAAGUACGACUUUGUGGGGCGGUUUGAGAGUCUGGAGGAGGAUGCCAAGUAUGUGGUGAACCGAUUCGGAGGCGACCAUCUCGACAUCUUCAACUUCGGCGUCAACGCGCACCAGACCCGCGCCGACACCAAGCUUGUCAAGAAAUACACCAAGGAAGCAUAUGAGCUUGUGAAGGAAGUCUAUGCUCAAGAUUUCUUCAUUCCUCUCAAUAAUAUCACACAAACGGCACCUCCUGUUCUAUCUCAGAUCUUCGAGGGUUGA